AUGGAGAAGGAAGGAUGGAUGCUAGUUAAACGACAUGCCUUUGGUGCCCGCAGUGACCCUCAUGACGCAUUAUGCUGGGUUGAUGAAGGGACGCUGAUGUAUCCUGUGGGCAAGACAGUCGCCCUCCACCAACUUUCCACAAACAAUCAACGUUUUAUAGAUGCAUCUUAUUGCAAUGUGCUUGGCAUCACAUCUCUUGCGAUUAGUGAAAACAAAAAGUUUGUCGCCAUUGCUGAAGGCGGUGAGAAUCCGCAAGUGCAAGUGAUUGACACGAUGACGCGUAAGCGGCGGAAGUUGCUCAGUAUCUCGCCUAGUGAACUUGGCAGUGAUCGUUUUAUUGCAAUGGCAUUCAGUACUGAUGGCAGGCACCUUGUGACACAAGGCGGCGGACCUAGUUGGAACCUGUACUAUUGGAAUUGGGAGCGCUCGAAGCCUCUGGCGACAAUCUCACUCAGUUUUAUGGCCAAUUCCACAAAAAUGACUCAUAAACACAAAGGUAAAGGAGGGCUAGGAUUGACUGGCGAUUCCAAAUCUGGUGGCCCAGCGUCAAAAUCUUCUUCUCCUUCCCCUCCUUUGGUAACACAUGUUUCGAUCUGCCCUAAUGACGCUGUUACAAUUGCUGUGUCUGGCAUGAAUUUCAUUUGCCUUUAUCGCUACACCGAUGGAUUUCUGCAACUCCAGCCUAGUUCUGGGGUUCCUUCCGAGUCUGAAAAGAUCUUUGUGACUCACUGUUGGGUAGACAAGGAGCGUCUGGUUGCAUCAACGAACCAGGGUGAGUUGGUGCUGAUCGAGCGCGGACACUACGUUGAGGAAAUCCAUGUACCUAAUGUUUCUGUUGCAUCUGAUGCCACUUCCGCUUACGGGCGCAGUAGUAUUCAUUCACCAAUAAUCACUGCGAUUUGUCCCACUCAGUCUGGUUUUGUUACCGGAAAUAAUCAAGGUAUGUUGUGUACAUUUCAUCGCAACCGCCAGGAGGAUGCGGAGGGUGAUGGAUUGAUCACCUUCGGAUACUCAUCCUCUCCUUCUUAUUCUUUCUAUAGCAUGGCAUGUAUCCCGUCAAGAGAGCCUUCUGAGCUUGCCAUGACCACUAACACUGAAAAAGGUGAUCUCGGAUUUCAAAAGGAUGGUUACCUGAAGCAGAGUUCAUCCAGGAUUGACUAUCAAAUCAGUGACAGCAUUGGCGACCGCGCCGGUACUAAAACUUCAUAUUUAAACUCGUGCAGCAAUUCUGUUCAAACCUGUGUUGACGACAAAUUCGUCCACAAUGCUGAUACACCCUUGACUGCUGCACAUUUUAGCUUAGUCACUGAGAAUACUACAGGGGCACUGCCGCCCAUCGCUAAGCCUGCUUUACAAUCCAAAGCACAACGCUCCAGUCCUUAUCAUUCAUCUGGAGGUGGAAGUGGGACGAGUAUGGCUGAAACAACAUACUAUGUUGGAGAUAAAGGGGCUGAUAAGGUGGGAUCGGACACGGCAAAACUCGCCAAUACAAACAGCACACUUGUUGUAACGACAAGGCCUUUCGUACCGUCUUUACCAGUAUGCAGUAGACCUGGGACAGGAGAUGCUGUAUCUUCUUAUGCAAUAGAUCGUUGUGCUGUUGCUGCCUUGGCGUUGAACCAGUCUGGGACCCGCCUGGCCGUCCUAACUCGUGUUGGAAAAGUAUAUGGGACUGACUUCCGCUUAGACUGGAGCAAGAUGCCCUCACAAGAGGGGCUAAGCACUUCACAAUCAGCAAUUCCAAAGGUAAGUUCAAGCUUUGAAACAUAUCCUGACCUUGGUGGUGCCAUUAAAACAAAUGUCAGUACUUCUUCACAUCUCUUCGAAGCGAUUUGUCAGCCUUUCCACACUGGUGCUAUCAAUGGUAUGGAUUGCUGUGCUCGAAAGCCAUUUCUUAUUACUAGCAGCAGCGAUCACAGCGUUCGCCUAUGGAACAUCAACACAAGUAAGCUUGAAAUGAUUCAAUACUACUCUCAGGAGCCCGGUGCGGUGUCCAUUCAUCCAAGUGGACUUAUGGCGGUGAUCUGCUUUCCUGACAAGGUUUGUGUGAUGAGCGUGCUUUGGAAUACGCUUCUGGAGCGAAAGGUGAUUAACUUCCGGUAUGCCUCAAAUGUGGUAUUCUCACAUGGUGGUCAAUACUUUGCGGUGGCACAUAACAACCUUGUGGAUGUCUUCAUUUCAACUACCUGUGAGCCGUGCGGGCAGCUGCGUGGGCAUUUACAGCGUAUUAAAGAUAUGAAGUGGAGUGCAACAUCAUCCUACCCUACUGAUAACCGGCUCAUUACCUGCUCCAUGGACGGUAUGAUGAUCGACUGGAAUACAUUCGAGAUGCGGAAGGAGGUUGAGCAUUCGGACAAACGUUUUCAGUAUUCUGCUGUGGAUGCCGAUGAUAAAAGUGUAUGGGCUGUUGCUUCCCCGAUGUCAUCCGCCGCGUUAGGCGUCCAGUGGAAAGUGACGCUACGUGAGAUCGAGCGUUCUUCAAUAGCGAGCCUCCCAUCUGCUUCCCCGAGUGGGAUGGGUACCAACGCUAAUGCGGCCACAGAAGACUACGAGUUCAUAGACACGGCCCUCACGGCCAUCCGCGUGGCCCCACAUAGGCGCAUACUCUUUGGUGGGGGCGAGGAUGGAUCCUUAAAGGUAAUGUCGUUUCCUCUUGAGGCUGGAAUCCAGGAAUCCCCUUUAACGGCCCACAGCGCCCGCAUCACGCGAAUGGCGCUGACACUAGACGAAGGUACCUUAUUCACCGCCAGUGAGGACGGUAGUAUAUUUGUAUGGGAUAUUCGUGAGGAGGGGACUGCGGCUGGAAGGGCGGUGACUUUUGACUCGACCUUGACCACGGGGGGUAUCGCAGACGAAGUGCUUGUCACCCAACAGUAUAUGGAGGAUACAAAGUUAGAAAUCGAAAGCCUUCAUCAACAGAUCGAAAAACUGAAGACAGAGCUCAAUAGUGAGGAAAGGCGACACGCCCACGAGCAAGGAACCCGCAUUCGCGAGCGCACUGAAGAGUACAAAAAUGAGGCGUCAACCCUGGCCGUGGAACUUGCCUCAUUGCUGAAUAACAUGCGUGAACAAGAACUCACAUUUGUAUCUAUCAAGUCAGAAAAGACGUCAGAAGCCGCGCAAAAACUCGAAUCGGUGGUGUACUCUCAUCAGGAAAAAGUUCAAGAAUUGGAGAGGCUCUGCAGCAAUCUUCAGCACACGUUGGAAACGGAGCAGGGGGACCACGUUAUCGGGCUGAAAGAGCUUGAGGAUACUGUUGCCCAGGAACAGCGCGAGGCCCAAGAGCGGUAUGAAGAGAUUCUAUCUCAAAAACGGGAGGCUCUAGAGGCACUGAGGAUUGAUGUUGAGCACAGUUGCCAGAUUAACGACGAGGCUAUACACCAGCUUGAGUUUGAUAUCGAUACUGAAGCACAGACAGUAAGCGAUCGACACAACCAGGAACUCAACACACUGCGAGAGCGCUUCCUUCAUAUGAAAGGUGAAGGGGCUAUUAUGCGCAAGAAUGCGGUGCUCAUUGCAAAGGAAGUGGAGGUUCGCACAGGUGAGGUUGCGCUGCUUGAUGCCGCAAAGAUUAAUUUCACAGCACAGCUGGACGACCUACGGCAUAGUAUAAACCAGCUUCAUCAGGACAUUGACGAGCGAGAUGUUGUUAUCGGGGAGAAGGAAAAAAAUAUCUAUGUACUCAAGAGGGAGAAUCAAGAGCUGGAGAAGUACCGAUUUGUUCUAGAUUAUCGUAUUCGACAGCUAAAGGCUCUAAUGGAGCCGAAGCAGCAUGAAAUGCUUCAGUGUAACCAGCGCAUCAAACUGCGGAAUCGUGAGCUGGAGGAACUGCAUGAGUGCAAUCGAACGUUACAAGGCAACAUUGAUGAACUGAAGAGUGACAUCACAGAGCAGCAAAGACAUAUUAAGCACAUGCAUAACAACAUUAAAGACUUUGAAACAUAUAAAACGCGUUUCAAGCGCGAUGUCGGCGACGUCGUACCAGCAUUGCAGGAUGUUUGUCUCCUUCAGGAGACAAUCGAAAAUAUCUAUCAGACGCACGUGGUGACUCGUGGUGGCAAUCGGAUCGCUUCGGUGGAUCCAAACAUACGUAGCGAGUUUCAAAGCCACCUUGAGCAUCUCUCAACUUCUGUGAACGCCUUACAGCGUAAGUUGAAACUCGAGGAGGAUCGACAUAAGAAGGAAGUCUCUGCUAUGAUGGUCGAGAAUAUGUCCUUGAUACGAGAAAUUCACUCACUUCGCGGUGAAAUCCAUCAUUUAAGGACGCUUGUGACUACUGAGACAACAGCUAAGCAAGCACGCAGUGGCUUCAAAAUGAUUGAACGUUCUGCCAAGAGACCGAACAAUUUAAAGCCCUCAAAGAUUACCUCUAUUGAUCCCAAUACGACGAAUAAUACUUCCGUUGGUAUGGAUGAUGAAUCGCAAACCCUUUCUGUGAAUCCAUUGCGUACUGACAGCGUGUCUUGGAAGAGUGUCUCCGGCGUAGCAGAGCGGAAGGCGCGUCCGGCAUCGGUAUCCAUGGGGGAGGUUUCAGGAGUUUCGGGGACAAAUGACGCAACAAGAGAAAACAGCAGUGAUCAAGGUCCUUCCUAUCUCCGAACGCCGGCAGUUCCACAGGAACUAGAACGCACCUGCAUCGAGUUGCGAAUGUUACGGUCAUAUAUCGAUGCCAUGGAGACAGCCCUGAGCGGCGAAGUUGUACCUUCGGUUACGAAAGUCAUGCCAAGUUAA